CUAUGGCUGGUUGUUCACCUACCGCCUGUCGCUCGUGGGCUCUCGCUCCUACUCUUCCGGCAUCAAUGCUGCGUGAAUAACGAGGCGGCUUUGAUUAGCUGGACCACCACCCUCCUCCGAGCGCGAGCGUGAUGAGAAGCCUGGUCGGGGCUUCUCGCUUGUUGGGCACAUCGUCGUUGGUCUCAACUCGCUUCCUCGACACUCUCAGCUUCUCCUCCCCUCGCCGGAGCUUCGAGGCCAUGGCUGCUGCGGCGGCGGCGGAGGACUUCGUCCGAGGUUCCGUGCACCCGAACGGCGUCGCCGUCAUUACCCUCGACCGUCCCAAGGCCCUCAAUGCCAUGAACCUCGAUAUGGAUUUGAGGUACGCAAGCUUUCUUGACCUAUGGGAAUCCGAUCCGAAUGUGAAAUGUGUCCUGGUGGAGAGCAGCUCACCUCGCGCUUUCUCCGCAGGUGGUGAUGUGAAGCGAAUAACAACCAAAAAGCAGUUGUCAGAUGUGAUUGAGGUGUUCACUGCAGAAUAUUCCUUGAUAUGCAAAAUAUCAGAGUACAAGAAGCCAUACAUAUGCUUUAUGGAUGGUAUCACCAUGGGAUUUGGAAUCGGCCUGUCUGGUCAUGGCCGCUUUCGAGUAGUAACAGAGAGGACCGUUCUGGCCAUGCCAGAAAAUGGGAUCGGUCUUUUUCCAGAUGUGGGAUUCUCAUAUAUAGCUGCUAAAAGUCCUGGAGGAGGAUCAGUUGGUGCCUAUCUUGGAAUGACUGGAAGUAGGAUCUCAACACCCUCUGAUGCACUAUAUGUUGGCCUGGGAACACACUACGUGCCAUCUGGAAAACUAGGUUCCUUGAAGGAGGCCCUCUUAACAAAUUCCUUUUCUGGCGAUCCUUAUGAUGAUAUUGAAACACUUUUGGCACGAUACAGUGGAGAUCUCGAAUCAGAGGCUCAAUUAAAAUUGCUUUUGCCUCAUAUUGUUUCUUGCUUUGGUGCAAAUAAAUCUGUUAUUGAGAUAAUGAAAGACCUGGAAAGGCAUAAACUGAAUCCCGAACCCAAAGUGGUUGAGUGGGCUAGUGAUGCUCUUCAGGGUCUGGGAAAAGGAGCUCCUUUCUCUCUUUGCUUAACACAAAACUAUUUCUCUAGAGUUGCAUCAGCCUUUGGGAAAAGAGACAGCGAUUUAUCAACUCUAAGCGGUGUGAUGAAAACUGAAUAUCGCAUUGCCCUGAGGUCAUCGCUUCGAAAUGACUUUGCUGAAGGUGUCCGUGCAGUUUUGGUGGAUAAGGAUCAGAAACCAAAAUGGCAACCUCCGACCUUGGACGAGGUCGAUCAUCGCGAGGUGGACUCUCUCUUCGGACCGCUGGGCCAAGGGGUCGAGGACUUGAGAGUUGGAGCUCUGCCCUGCAGUUGAAUAACUAGAACUGCUGCAAAUGCUGAGGAAUAAGAAGUCCUAUGUGCUCAUUCUCUACCCUUCAACAUGUGAUGGGGCUGUAGCUUUUUACGUUUUGCCUUCAGUUGGAGUUAGAGGAUGCAACUUUAGACUGCCAAAACUCACUACCGAUACACCCGCCAUUUAUGGCUCGGUCCUUGGAGGAUUUCGCGGGUAUUUCACGACUAGCAAUUAGGACAGUGCAACGUGUAUUGCGAUUUAUUCUAGGUCCUUAAAUCAACGUCGGGUCUGUGUAGCAAGUGGCCUUGUCUCAUCGAACCGGGGCUAUCCUAUCCCGCGUCAAUAAUUACUUCUUUUCCAUUUGAGAGCGAUCGGUUCGAGCUGCAGAAAACGUUUAUCUUCCGAUUGGCAGGGAUGGACUCUUUUUUCUUUGAUCUUGCUGUCAUUGUCAAGGCUGGUUACUUGGCGCUCGUGAGUUGGAAUUGCUUCAGGGACUGUUCUUCUUUGGUUUUUGUUCUCAUUGUAAGAGGCUCGUUACGUGA